GUGCACGUUCUCGCCGCGGACGGCCGCGCCCAACUCGCCAGCCCCGCAGUGGGCGCUUACCACAAGGACAAGACUCCCUGGACGCUCCCCGCGGAGUACUGUGUCACCGGGCCCCCCACGCAGACCUCCGACUUGGUGGCGCUGUUGGGCAAGAAGGUGAUCGUGCAGAGCCGCAACAGUACGGUCACUUUCACCCACACCGUGGUCGCGGUGAACGUGAACGACCAACUCAAGGUGGCCCCCGCGGCGAAGGACAAGGAGACCCUCGACAAGGAGUGGCUCCCAGCGCACUUG